AUGUCUGGCGUAAUAGAGAUUGGCGCAUCUUAUGCGUCUUUAGUGUCACAACUUAGUCCAACAUUUGGACAAAAAAUAUCCUACUAUUUUAUGCCAAGGGAACAACUAGAUAUCCCUAGCAAACUUACCUUUGGUGACAAUCCAGUUAUUGUUAAACCAACCUUUGUGUACUAUUUCUUGACCCUCUUAGGCAUACCAGUUAGUGAACAAAAACUUGACCUUGUUGUUAAUUCUUCUAGAGUUUUUCAAGAGGAAAAUAUUGUGAUUGACUCAGGAACUACUUAUACUUUCUUUCCUACACUGUUUUACAAUCAAUUCAAUACAUUGGUGAGAGAAGCCAUUAAAGUAGAACCGUGGGUUGACAACUCUUCAUCUAGGCUAAGUCUCUGCUACAAAGAUCUGAAAGGCACUGAUAUUCCUCCAAUGACGCUUCAUUUUAUUGGAGCUGAUGUCCUAUUGUCCGGGGAGAAUAUAAUGCCUCCAAUUCUAAAUAGUAGCAAACUUCAGUGCCUAGCCUUUAAACGAAUGGUAGAUCAGUCUUUCUUUGGGAAUAUGGCCCAAUCAAACUUUCUCGUCGGAUACAAUUUCGAUAAAAAUGAUAGUAUCUUUCAAGGCCAUCGAUUGCAACAAGUUGACCAGAUUUAG